AUGGAGCAGCAGAAGGCCAGGCACUACGUGGCCCAGAUGGCGCUGAGCGAGAAGCAGCUCUCCAUCCUCGCGGGCGACGUGGGCGUACUGCGGGAGGAGGUGGGCGCGCUCGCGCACAGCUUCCUGGCCCUGAGGGACUCGCACGAUCAGCGCGGGCUGCUCGUCUCGAGGGUGCGGGCGCUCGAGGAGGCGUCCAAGGCCACGGGUGCCCGGUGGGAGCGGCGUUUGUCCAGCAUUGAGUCGCAGCUGGUGGCUUCCAUUAACACCACGUCAAGAGCCUGGUGGCACCUGGAAUACAUCCUGACGUUUACGCUCAGGACGUCGCCGAGCGGAAGCGGUCGCACGCCCAUACGGAGGAGCGUUUGUCGAAGCUCGAGGCACACCUGA